AUGACCAGCGAGGAACACAAGGAAUUGGCUGCAGGUGAGCAACCUCACGAAGCAGGUGUGGCGCCAGCCGCCGCUCCUGCAGAAUUCGCCGACGCAGAUGUCGACAUGGUGGGUGAAGAAGAGGAAGAGGUCGACCGCGAAAAGAUCCGGCUUCUGUCGCAGGCCACAUCGGAGGACGGUACAUGUGCGUCGUUCCAGGUGGUCGAGGAGGACCAUACGCUGGGCAACGCGCUGCGCUACAUCAUCAUGAAAAACCCGGACGUUGAGUUCUGCGGGUACUCGAUCCCACAUCCCAGUGAAAAUCUGUUGAACAUCCGUAUCCAGACAUACGGUCAGUCGACUGCUGUAGAGGCCCUCCAAAAGGGUCUCCAGGAUCUCAUGGAUCUGUGCGACGCAGUCGAGGACAAGUUCACGCAGCGCAUACGGGAGAUGUGA